AAAAAAAAAACCGUUCGCAAUGGCAAAAAUUUCGGAGCUGGAUCUUGGUGAAAAAGCUCGCCUCCCAAAUACUUAAUCAUCUUGUUCAAAUUCGACCUCGAGUCGAGUCUUUCUUCCUACAUAGGCUGGGUUCGUGCAUAUAGGAUCGCCUCGUCGGUUUUACCUAUUCCUUCAGACUUCAUGUUAUAACAAUUGUUCAGCAAAAUUCUCGGCAGCUUUUAAAAGAGCCUGUUGGGAAUAGCUUUUCUUUUUCCCCUCCUCCAAAAUACCCAUACCCAUACCCAUACCCAAGCCGUCGCGAUGCUUGUGCGACCUCUUCCGGCUCGACAGAGCCUUCCCUUACCUCGACUCAGUGCAGUGAGGCGACAACAAUUAGUUGCCAGACACCCGCCCCUCUAUUCCUUUUAUGCGUCGAGUCGUAGACUUUUAACUACCCGAGUCGAAUUGUUACCGAGGAGGAGGAAGAGCUCGCAGGACACUCGUGGGUCAAUCUUCCAGAGGUCUUUGGCUACGGCUAUAAACGACCCUAUACAAGAAAAUGAAAUUCGUUACGACCAUCUCCCUAAAAAUUACAUGUAUCCACUAUCUCCUCCUCGUCUAUACGAUAUACGACCCUUCGACCCUUCUUCGCCAUUGCUCGUCAAACCCACAGAGGAACACUUUCCUCGCUCCAGGAUUAAUAAUCAUGGCAUACCUGGUGGUGUCGACGAGAUGAUUUCAGUUUUUGAUGCGUGCUUACAGGUCGGAAAGCUAGAUAGAGCGGCUCUUGUCAUUACUCGCCUUAGUGACAGCGGCGCCCUACAUGGUUCUUCCCUGACUGAGCUUCACAACCAAUACCUUCGCGCAGCCAUUGACAAAGCUUUUGAACAACCAGACUCUGAAUGGGCUCAGUCUUUACAUAAAUGGUACGAGUUAAAUAUUAGAGGUAAAAAUAUUCCUCAAACACCCGAGACCGUCGCUUGCAUGUUGAAGAUUUCGCUCUUAUCGACCCAAGGGCCACGACUGGAACGGCUUGUGGCCCGGUACAUGGAUCUGAUGCCUGGAGAUGCUAUAUAUCAAGUCUUAUCGGAAGAGGAUAUUUUGACCCAGCAAGACGUCGGCAUCAUAGCCAGCAUUUAUCAGCCCGCUUCUGAUCUCUUGGAAGAGUGGGGGCCUUCGCUACAAGACGAGGAAUCACAGUCGUUAGACACGGAAGUUAGCUCAGCUGAACCGGUAAACCUUUCUGAGAUGAAAGCAGAGAUUAAUGAUACGCCCGAAGUUUUAGCCGUACCUCAGAAAGGAUUAGGCCUCAAAUCACUACGCGGCGUCUUGUCUUUCUUUUCCAAGGUUGAGGGACGGGAUCUUUCGAAGCUGACAUACGCAGAGCGCCGGGAAAUUCAGGCUCGGCUAGAGCAUGAUUGUGUUGAUUCUGCUAUCAACCGAUGGAGAGAAGAAAACCAGACUCUCAUGAAAAUGGGCUUGAACACAUCGUUGUCUACGAGCGCCUUGAAUUCCCAGCUAUAUGAAUGGCAAUGUGCUCUAGAAAGCAGGCUAGAAGAGGAAUUUUCGCUAUUUGAAGAGUCAGAAACCCGUGAAAGAAAGAACGACGCGGAUCGGGAUCGCUGCUUAUAUGCCCCGUUCCUAAGGCAAUCAACACCGACGAGGCUGGCCGCAGUCACAAUUAUAAGCGUCUUAAAUGCCAUGUCAUCUGUAGGUGUCGACGGGGGUAUUCAGCUAUCUACUUUGCUCAGCCAUGUCUCCAAGGCGGUAGAGGAGGAUAUUAGACAUAUAAUACAGCAGAAACGCGUAGAGGAAGCUAAGCGUAAAGACAAAGUCCGGAAUAGCAGACUAAAACUGAAACAAAAGAGUGCAAUAAGCUCAUCGACAGCUCAGCCACCGACCGAGACGUUCGACACGGCCGACACGGCCGACACAUCCUAUUCUAAGACGGAAUCUAACGUCGUGGAGCCGCCUUCCUUCGAGGUUAAGUCGUGGCCUAUUUUAAUUAAAACUAAGGUCGGCGUUGCUCUACUAUCUGCUUUGAUAGAUACCGCAAAAAUGAAUGUGGUCCGGGAGCACCCCGAAACCAAGACUCUCGUUAGUCAACGGCAACCCGCUAUGGCUCAUACUACGAUAAACAGAAAAGGAAAGAAGAUUGGGCUAGUCAUGCCGAACAAAUUCUUGGUUGAAAUUAUGAAGCGAGAGCCUCCUGCGGAUUUCCUUGCUAGGCACCUACCCAUGCUUGUUGAGCCGGAACCCUGGACGAAAUUCGACAAAGGGGGCUUCAUUGAGUAUCCCGCCCAGCUUGUACGAAUCAAGAACGGCGAGAAGGACCAAAGGGUGUAUGCCGAAGCAGCCGUGCAGAGGGGAGACAUGGAGCAGGUCAGCAAAGGUUUGGAUGUUCUUGGUCGAACAGGAUGGCGAAUUAACAGACCCGUCUUCGAUGUAAUGCUUGAAGCGUGGAACAGUGGCGAGCCGAUAGCGAACAUUCCUCCAUUGGAUCCCCAAAUUCCCGUACCCCCAGAACCAGAAGCAUCUGAUGAUCCUCUGCAGCGGCGGGAAUGGCUGAACGCCGUGAAGGCUGUAGAGAACGAAAAGUCAGGUCUACACUCCGAGCGUUGUUUCAUGAAUUUCCAACUUGAAAUUGCCAAGGCUUUCAAAGACCAGACCUUUUAUUUCCCGCAUAACAUGGACUUCCGGGGUCGAGCUUAUCCGAUCCCAACUUAUCUCAACCAUAUGGGCGCAGACCAUGUUCGAGGCUUGCUUCGUUUUGCCAAGGGGAAGGAGCUUGGCGAGAAUGGGUUGCGAUGGCUUAAGAUUCACCUGGCAAAUGUUUUUGGCUACGAUAAGGCGAGCUUGAAGGAACGAGAAGCGUUCGUGACGGAUCACCUUGCCGACAUAUACGAUUCUGUCGCCAAUCCUCUAACAGGGAACCGGUGGUGGCUCCAGGCCGAGGAUGCAUGGCAAUGCCUGGCGACUUCUUUCGAGCUGAAGGCAGCUCUCGAGUCUCCCGAUCCCACUAAAUUCGUGUCUCACCUCCCAGUUCACCAAGACGGGACAUGCAACGGACUGCAGCAUUAUGCGGCUCUCGGUGGUGAUAUUUGGGGUGCCCAACAAGUGAACCUGGAACCCGGAGAGCGCCCCGCAGAUGUGUAUUCUGCAGUAGCCGACCUAGUAAAGGAAGGAAUCGCGAAGGAUUUAGAAGAGUCUGACAAUAUCAUCGCGAAGGCGGUUGAUGGCAAAAUAACAAGAAAAGUGGUGAAGCAAACUGUCAUGACCAAUGUGUACGGCGUUACCUUCAUUGGCGCCAAAGCCCAAGUACAAAAACAACUCGAUGCGGCUUAUCCCAAUAUCCGACAAGAAACAGGCAUACCGGUAGCUAUUCUCGCUUCUUACGUCGCUACGAAAGUGUUUAAGGCUCUGUCUACUAUGUUUCGCGGAGCUCAUGAUAUUCAAUACUGGCUCGGAGAGUGUGCCGGCCGAGUCUGCCGUGCGCUUACCCCAGAGCAGAUGGAUCAAAUUGCCAAUGGAGAAGCGCCAGCGCCUAAGACAACAGGUAGGGCGAGUACAUCAAAGCCAAAGACCACUACCGAUGAGGUUCUCAGUCAAUUCAGAUCGACAGUCGUCUGGACGACCCCCCUCCGCAUGCCUAUUGUCCAACCAUACCGCAAAAAUGGAACUCGUGUGAUCAAUACCUCGAUGCAGGAUCUUACCCUGCAGGUUCCCGAGCGUUCGGAUCCCGUCAAUCGACGGAAGCAAUUGCAGGCUUUCCCCCCCAACUUCAUCCAUUCUUUGGAUGCUAGCCACAUGCUCCUCUCCGCAUUACAGUGUGAUGAGCGUGGUCUCACAUUUGCGGCUGUACACGACUCCUUCUGGACACACGCUUCUGAUGUUGAUGUUAUGAACGACGUGCUUCGGGAUAGUUUUAUUCGUAUACACAGCGAAGAUGUCAUCGGGCGCCUUGCAUCCGAAUUUGAGGCCCGAUACAAAGGUUCUCUCUAUCUAUCUAAGGUCGAACGAGGUAGUAAUCUUGGAAAAUUGAUUACUGCACUUCGCAAGAAGAGUAGAUUGAGUUUGAAAGAUGAACUCCUCCAGGAGCGAGAGAGAAUGCGAUUAUUAGCAUCCUCAGACCCCGAGGAGGUCAAGAAAGGCCAGGAAAUGCAGACGCCCGCUAGCAUCUUCGAAGAGUUGUCGGCCCCUCAGCCCUUAUCCAGUGCGGAAGAUAUGGAAGGCAUGACAUUAGGCGACAUUCCCGAUGUAAACGAGAUACUAGCCAACACAAUGCAAACAGUCGACGAAAACGACCAGGACGAUUUAGCACUAGCUUCAGAACCCGUCAAGGCCAAGGCCAAUAAAGCUACCGAGUCGGACACGAAUUCCCGGACGGCAGAGGCGAUGGAGCAGUUGCAAAAUGGGGUAAACGUGAGCCGUUUCGAAUUAGAGCUCAGCAGUAGCAGUCAAAAAGCAGCUAAAGCAAAGGCCAAGCCUAAACCUACAAUGAUCAACGUGUGGCUUCCACUUACUUUCCCCGAGGUCCCUAAAAAGGGCGAUUUCGAUGUCUCACGACUUAGGAAUAGCCAGUACUUCUUCUCGUGAGCUCGGGUGGGCUUGGUUGAGCUCGGUAAGGAGCCCGAGGUUUUACGAUGGCUCGAAAGUCGGUGGCGUUAUGGUUAUGUUUAUUACAUUAUAUGAGCGAAUGCAUCAUGGGGCGUUUGGUGAUAAAAAAGUGCUUAGUAGCGCAUAGCGGAUGACUGGGAACAUAGAGGCAUUAUAUUGUAUAUACGAGGCUCUUGUAUCAAUCUGUAUAGUACACGGGAGGAGGUAGUCUUGGAGAAUGGACUAGGGAACAAGUUAGGGACGGAUGGGAACAAAGCGAGAGUCAUCCACUCCAAUGGUGUACAAAUUUAGCAGCAGUCAAUCUGAAAAUAUUGGAUAUUGUCAA